CCUGAAUUCGUUUUACAUCAAUUUAAUAGCCUUACAUUCGUCCCUUCCACAACACUUGAACUGGCUCCAAUUUGUUUCAAGCACUCUUCCGCCAUGCGAACCUCGCAGGUUUUAUGCGGCGUGCAGCCCUCCAGCCUGCAUAAACUGACACAUGGGUAUCGCACGAUCCCAAGGCCCUCUCGUCAAACGAAGGUCAUCACGAAAGCGGCUGGGAGCACUUUCGGUCACUCCUUUAGGGUUACGACAUUUGGAGAGUCCCAUGGCAAGGGCGUUGGCUGUGUGAUCGAUGGCGUGCCACCCAGACUUCCCAUCACAAAGGAGGAAAUACAGGAAGAAUUGGACAGGAGAAGGCCAGGUCAAAGCCGCAUCACGACGCCGAGGAAGGAGUCAGACACAUGCGAGAUCUAUUCUGGUGUCUCAGAUGGUAUUUCGCUGGGCACUCCCAUCUGCAUCAUGGUCCCCAACACCGACCAGAAGUCACAGGACUACUCAGAGAUGUCCGUGGCGUACCGUCCAUCCCACGCGGACGCAACGUAUGACAUGAAGUACGGCAUCAGAGCGGUGGCAGGUGGAGGCAGGUCAUCUGCGCGCGAGACCAUCGGCCGAGUGGCUGCAGGCGCCAUCGCCAAGAAGCUCCUUCGCAUCGUUGCUGGUGUCGAGGUGCUUGCAUAUGUGAGCAGGGUGAAAGACGUGGGCUGCACUGUCGACAACUCCACGUUCACUCUGGCAGACAUUGAAGCCAACAAAGUUCGCUGCCCUGACGCCGAAGCCGCCAAGGCCAUGUACGCAGCGAUCGACGAGGUGCGGGUGCGCGGCGAUUCGUGCGGAGGGGAGGUGACUUGUGUGGUCCGCGCCUGCCCAAAGGGCCUCGGAGCACCGGUCUUCGACAAACUUGAGGCCGAACUGUGCAAGGCCUUCAUGUCUCUCCCCGCCUCCAAGGGCGUGGAGAUUGGCAGUGGCUUCAGCGGCUCGGAGAUGCUAGGCAGUGAGCACAAUGACGAGUUCUUCAUGGACGAUGGAGUCAUCCGCACGCGCACCAACAGGUCGGGGGGAAUUCAGGGGGGACUCUCCAAUGGCGAGGACAUCGUGGCCAAGAUAGCAUUCAAGCCAACAUCCACAAUCAGCCGAAAGCAGAACACCGUGAGCCGCAACGGAGAGAUGGUGGAACUGAUUGCGAGAGGCCGCCACGAUCCCUGUGUCGUGCCGAGGGCUGUUCCCAUGGUUGAGGCAAUGGCUGCGCUUGUUCUGGCCGACCAGCUGCUGCAGCACUACGCUCAGUGCGAGCUACUGCCGCGCAAUACCGGGUGCAGCCCAGACAUUUCGAUCGCUCGCCAGUUCCGCCAAUUUGUCGCUGAGUACGAGGCGGCGGUGGCUCCUGUUUGAAUUUGAAAGCAAGGGCUACACGCCGAUAAAAGCUGAUGCAUGCUGAUUCGUAAGGCUGAGAAGCUGUGAGUGUUUGAAGCAUGAGAUUUCAAAUGUAAGCCUGAAGUUCUUAUCUAGCCGGUGCUGCAAGGAAAGACAGGUGUUUGUCUUUCUCCCGGCUGUCCGGGAGCAGCACAAGUUUCAAGGUUUCACAAGUUUCGAGUUUAUAUACUAACGUAUUCUCGGUUGACUCAAUCCUGCUCGGAUCCUGCAGAUGAUCCGCAAAACGGGGUUUGGUUUUGGUGCAGCCUUUGCCUGCAGCUGGUCUGCAGAACGCACUGUGCCUUUUCUUUCCUCUGAUGAUGUUCAAUACUGUCCUAGAAAAUUGUUUGCCUGUGUGUUUGCCUGCUGCUGGCGUUUUCUUUGUUUCUGUAUGUACCUGUGUGUAGAUUCAAUGCGAGUAACCGCGUCAAGAGGCAAUCAAGCUGUUGUACAAUACACUAGGUAGCAAUUUUGCGUGCAACAUGCAUGGCCCUCUGGGCUCUGAGUUCGCCACUUAUAAAGAUUUUUAAUAUAUGAUUAUGCAUGCAACACAUCAGCACUGUCUUGUAAAUACUGAACGUCGGUCAC